GGAAUUUCCGAUAACAUGGCAGACAACAUGAGCGAGAGAAGACAAGAACCGUGUAGUGGCGAUAUUCUUUGCAAAUCCUUUUGCAGAUGUAAUAUGCAGCCUACUUUAUCUGCACAGAAUUGCGCAGAAUCAAAUGGAAACAAGAUUUUGCUUGAUCCAGAACCACCCACUAUUCCUAAAAGAAGGCAAGAGCUUGCUGAAAUGGAAUGGGUGGGGCUACAAAGACUCCAAGUUUUCCAUCAACAAGGAUCAGCAUGUCGAGUUCACCGGAGAGAGGUAUCGACUUAGUGGUAGCACCAUGCCACUGCUUCGUGAGUGGAUGAAAAAAACUGUUGGCAUCAGUCUUGAACACAAGUCUCCCUCGCAGCCAGAAAUACCAGCUACCAGCAUUCCACUUCCUGUGAAAAAUGAAGAAUUUUUGGCUGAUCUUCGUAAAACUGGCAUCUCCAUCUCUGAUGACUGCCAGGAUCGAUUGUUUAGGGCACAUGGUCAUACUCUUCAUGAGAUUUUCACUCUGAGAGAAGGAAUGUUUGAGCGCAUACCUGACAUAGUGAUUUGGCCUGAAAAUCAUGAUGAUGUGGUCAAGGCUGUGGAAUUGGCUGUUAAGUACAAUGUUGUUAUCAUCCCUUUUGGAGGGGGAACAACUGUUACCAGCUCUCUAGAAUGCCCAGCAUUUGAAAAGAGAAUGAUUGUAUCAUUAGAUACAUCUCAAAUGAAUCACAUCCUGUGGGUGGAUGAGAAAAACCUUACUGUCCGUGCUGAAUGUGGUAUCAUUGGGCAGGAUCUUGAGCGCAGGCUUGAGGAGCGGGGUUACUGCACUGGACAUGAACCAGACUCCAUGGAGUUCAGCUCUCUUGGUGGUUGGGUGGCAACACGAGCCUCAGGAAUGAAGAAGAACAUUUAUGGCAAUAUUGAGGAUUUGCUUGUGCAUGUAAGAUUUGUGACACCUCGGGGUGUCAUGGAAAAAAGUUGCCAGGUUCCUCGAAUGUCCUCAGGUCCAGACAUACACCACAUCAUCUUGGGGUCAGAGGGGACAAUGGGUGUGGUUACUGAAGUGACACUCAAAAUUCGGCCUUUGCCUCCUUGUAAAAAGUAUGGCUCAAUUGUUUUCCCCUCAUUUGAGAAUGGUGUCAGCUGCUUGAGAGAGGUGGCAGCUCAGAGAUGUGCACCAGCUUCAAUACGUUUGAUGGACAAUGAACAAUUCCAAUUUGGUGCUGCCUUGAAACCAGAAUCCAAGUCUAUGCUGACUAACUUUAUGGAUGGACUUAAGAAAUUUUACAUCACCAAGCUAAAGGGUUUUGAUCCAAAUAAACUGGCUGUGGCAACAUUAUUGUUUGAAGGCACAAAGGAGGAAGUGGCUGCCCUGGAGAAGCGUGUAUAUGAAAUAGCAGCAAAGUUCGGUGGAUUGCCUGGUGGAGCAGACAAUGGUGAACGUGGCUACAUGCUUACAUUUGUCAUAGCCUACCUUAGGGAUCUUGGUUUUGAAUACUACAUUGUUGCUGAGUCAUUUGAGACUUCUGUUCCGUGGGAUAGAUGCCUAGACUUGUGUCAAAAUGUGAAAGAACGUUUGCGGCGAGAAUGCAAAGAACGCCGUAUCCAGUUUCCUCCAUAUAUCACCUGCAGAGUCACACAGACCUAUGAUGCUGGUGCUUGUGUCUACUUCUAUUUUGGUUUCAACUACAGGGGCAUCUCUGAUCCUGUUCAUGUCUAUGAAGAAAUUGAGUCCUGUGCAAGAGAUGAAAUAUUAGCUAAUGGAGGCAGCAUAUCCCACCAUCAUGGAGUUGGGAAGAUUCGCAAACAGUGGCUGAAGAAGACUGUUGGAGAGCUAGGAGUCGGGACAAUGAAAGCUUUGAAGGCUUACAUCGAUCCACAGAAUAUUUUUGCAAAUAACAAUCUCAUGAUGGGAAACCAUUCUAAGCUGUGAUUUAUUUCUACAAAAUUCUUUUGAACAAACUUUCCAAUGAAUAUGCAGAUUCUCCAAUAAAAUAGAUUCGUUAGCAGGUGAGAAAACCAAAGAUCUUAUGGAUAUGAGGACAUUUGCUAAAAGUGAAGUGAGGAACAGUUUCUCUUUUUUAAAGUCUCUGUUACAACUCACAGAUCAUAAUUGUUUUUCAAACAGCAUGUGAUAAUGAAAACAUGAAACAAUGAAACUUUGCUUUUUCAAUUUUUGUGAGUAAUCCGAGUAGCAAAGUGAUUGCAAUGAUUUUGUAAUUUUAAAGAUAACCUAGUUUUAUGUUGUGUUUAUUAUGGCUUUAAUGAAUAACUGUAUGCUAGCAACUGCAUCAAGGGAGGAAAGGAUUGGAGAAGAGAGAGCAUGUGUGCAUCUUUAUUUUGAAGAUUUAAGAAAGCUGCUGUCAGGCUUUUAUCUGUUGUUUUUGCACUAUGUAUUAGACCUCGAAUAUUACAUAUUGAAAACCUUUAAGUACUUUAAAAGCCUGUAAAAGCCACAUAGAAGCUAUAUAGCCUUGGCUGCAACUGCAGUUGAGGAAAAAAAUUUUUAUUAGCCUUUAUGUUUUAACUUACUGGCAAUUUACAAUUACUGCAAUGUAUGUAAUUGCUCAUGUUUUCUAAGGGAAAAUCAUUUCUAAACCACAAACACUGUUUUAAACAUUUUAAUACACAUAGUACUAUGUGAUGCAUGUUGUUAAUCAUCAUGUCUUUAUCUUGAGUGUUGGAUUGAAGUCAUGUGGAAGUCUAAAUGGUAAAAGUCGUUAACUUACAAUUGUCAUUACUAACCAUCUACGCUUUCUGCCCUACACGUACAGUUUUAUGCCAUAUUUAAAUGAGGAUAGCAACGUCUCACAUUCACUUUAGGUAUCUCAACAAGAAGCAAUGAAGAUUAAAUUAAAUAAAAUAAGAUUGAAGUAUUUCAAAGAUCUUUGGUAACUUAAAUCGAAAAAUUGCAAAAAAAA